CGGUUCGCCAUUGCAUUGCAUUUGUACAGCAACUGAAUGCAGCGCAUCCCAUCAAAUCACAUGCAGUUAAUUGUACGCGUGGGACUUAUCAUUAAUGUUGUGUACAACAACUGGACGGACGAACAACACUUCAAAUAUGGAUCAUAACGGCCUUCCUGGUCAGAUGAUCUUGAGAGUUUAUCUUAGCAACAGUCCAGACACAUUGUCAGAUGUGCCCAUUACCCCGGAGACAAGAUGCCGUGAUGUGGUAGAGUUAUGCAGAGAGACGGGAGAGGUCCAGUGUCAUCUGGCCGAGCUCUGGAGAGGAUGUGAGCGUCCUAUUGACGACGAAGAGAAGAUCUAUGACAUCCUCCAGCAGUGGGGCAUUCAUCGCAAUGAGGUCAAGUUUUUCCUGAGGCAUGAAGGAGCAAACUCGGAUGAACAAGGGAGGAGACCAAAGAAGAAGACAACCCUAAGAGAUGGUAGCUCAUCUGAAGAUUUAAAGGGAAGUACAGAGCUGAACCUGAAUGAGCUGAGAGACAUGGCCUCACGUCAGCAGCAACAGAUAGAGAUGCAGCAACAGAUGCUGGUUGCCAAGCAACAGAGGCUCAAGUUCCUCAAGCAACAAGAGGUGAAGCAUCAGCAAGUUGCGAUUGAGAACGAGAGGUUGUCAAGGCUGAGAGGUAAAGUGGAGCAACAAGAGAUGAAGCUUCAGAAGCUGAGGGUCAUGCAAGGUCAAGCAGACACGGUCAAGGUCACUAACACCAACCUCUCAGGUGAGCUUGAGAACCUGCGCUCGCUCUUCAAGGAGAAAGAGCACGAGCUGGCCAACGCCGUAGCCAAGGUGGAUCAACUCACCCACCAGCUGGAGAACAUCAGGAGAGGCAACGCGGGAAGCUCCCUCCAGUCCUCGGCUGCUUCACAGGAACUGGAGAGACUGCGUAGAGAGCUCUUGAAUCGCAAUCAGAUGAAUGAGCAGCAGAGUAGAAAGGUAGAUAACCAAAGGACGGUCUUGGGCCAGAGAAAGGGUGAUGUGAUUCUUGUUGAUAGGCGAAUUGAAGAACUGACCGAACUGCUUCGACAGAAGAGAGCAAUGCAGAACCAGCAACGCCAGUCCCCAGUCCCAGGUGGACAGAGAUCAGCUCCGUCUAAUAAUACCAACAACAAUGCGACAACCAGGAGCUUACCCAAUGGCAACAUAGGUCAGCCACGGUCAGAUGGACCUCAGGACUAUAAUAGGAGUAGCCCUCAGUUAGAAAACAGUGGUCAGUACCCUGGUCAGAGGCCACCACUGGCGCCUCGUCCUAAUCGCCUCUUCAAUGGGACUAAUGGCAAUGAUGGCAAUCGGCAGAGGCCUUUGGUGUCGGGCAACAAGCCAGUGCCAGCCCCAAAGCCGCCCAUUGUUAAUCACCCAAGUGGGUUCAAACCUCGCACUGGAUCUUCAGUGCCGAUCACAGGCCCCCAAGGAACUCCUCUGGUACCCUCACAGACGCAGCUGGAUGUGGGUCAGAGGAGCGUUGAUGCAAGUGGUAGUGAGACAUCCUCUUUGACAGAGAACUCUAGUCUGGACAGUGUACCCAGCUCUACUGGUUAUUCUCAUCUGAGACAAAGUGGUAACGUUGCAUCUAAUAACAGGCCAGGAGCAGGAUCUCCUAAUCAAGGAGUUGCCAACCGUUGGCCAGGACAGAACAGGCCCAACUCUCCAAGUCAAGAUAAUAAAGAUCUUCGGGUGCAAGUCCAGAGAAAUCUUCCACUCUCCCAGAAUGACCCUCGAGGAAAUUACCUGUUCAAUCGUCCUGCCGGUGACCGAUCCCCCAUGUAUAGCCCAAGUGGUCAACCCUCUGUUUCGUCAUGGGAUAGUCCAGACCUUGAUCCUAAUCCACUGCCACCUCCAGCUCAGCAAGGCGUUAUGAGGCAUCCUUCAUCUCCUUCAGGGAAGAAGGGCCCACCUCCACCUCCAAGAAAUGAAAACACCAGGCUUACCCCGACCUCCAGUGCUCCAAAUGCUCCUUCUUUCCAAGGCCCCAAUAAGUCACUCUAUGGUCAGACCAAUGCUACUCAUGGUCCAGAUGCUACUGUUCCUGCCAGUGGUGAAGGCACCGAUUCCACCAGGCCUCAUCACCAACGAUCCCCAGCCACCGUUGGCAUGUAUGCCCCUCCACCCAAUGCCCAUGAUCGAAACUACAACAGGCCUAGCUAUGAGCAAGGUAACCACAACCCACCUUACUACCCAGGUCGAUCAGGGAACUUCCCCAACAGUGGCAUGCAGGGGGUGCCAGAGGAGUCGGAAGAUGUAACAGUUUCCCCCAACAGACCAGCAAGCCCUGUCAAAUUCCCAACGCUCACCUUGCAGCGGUACAUGGACCCGAAGAGGAUCCACAACAUGCCACGCCCUCUCAAGAAACGGCUCUCCUACACAGAGAGCAAGGAUGAGAACUUCUCUUUCCUCAACGCGGAGCUUCGCAACAAGCUUCCGUUCUACCAGCAGGGAGACCAGCACCCUCAAGCUAAGCCUGAGAACUUCCAUGAUCCCAAUCAACCACAGUUCUUCAAGCAGCAACCUCCUGCUCCGGGAGGACCAGGAACCAUCACCUUGGCACCCAUUGCUUCAGCGGAAUCCGACAAAACCUCGGACAUAACCCCUCCAGAGAUCGCCAAGACAGAACCCAAGCCUGCUGAUAAUACUGACAAGAAGACUGAUAAUCAGAAGAGCAAGUAUAGCAACGAUGCCAUCAUGAGCCACCAGCAGUAUAGCAAGGCAUUGUCCCAGGUUGGCCGUUCACCAAUCAUAGAACAGACCAAGAAACAGGUCAAGGGCAUCAAAGGCAUACUCAAGAAUCCAAAGAGCAUAAUCAAGGGUAUCAGGGUUCGUUUUGAUCCCUUAGCACUCCUCCUGGAUGCAUCGCUAGAGGGAGAGUUCAGCCUCGUCCGACAAAUCAUUCCAGAGGUGGCCAACCCCAGCGGUGCCAACGAUGAAGGUAUCACCGCACUCCACAACGCAAUCUGUGCCAACCAUUAUGAGAUUGUCAACUUCCUCAUCCAAUACGGUGUGGAUGUCAACUCUCCUGACAGUGAUGGAUGGACUCCACUGCAUUGUGCAGCCUCCUGUAACAACAUCAUUAUGGUGCGUAACCUGGUAGAGCACGGAGCCUGCCUCUAUGCAACCACAAUCAGUGACAGGGAGACACCAGCUCAGAAGUGUGAGGAGGAGGAAGAAGGAUUCCAAGGGUGCUCAGAUUAUCUCUUUGGAAUGCAAAAGAAGAUGGGUGCUGACCCCAAUGUCCCGGUCUGCGCCGUCUACUCCUACUCUGCUGAGAAGGAGGAUGAGAUGAGCUUCCGUGAUGGGGAUGAGGUAUCCAUCAAGAGGAAGGGAGAUGACAAGGAGGAGGAGUGGUGGUGGGCCAGGGUCAACGACAAUGAAGGAUACAUUCCAAGAAACCUGCUAGCGUCUUACCCACGAGUGAAGCCUCUCUAUAGAUGAUAGCCUUUCAUACAUAGGCUCUCUGCAGUCAUGGACCAAGGUAGACCAGGAUCUGAAACACCCAUGCGGGGGUAGACCAGGAUCUGCUUGGACAUGCCUCAAUUCAUCUAGUACAUUCUCGCAUUGCUGAUGUCAGAUGACCAAAGAAAGCAUGGCCCAAAGACAAGACUACCAGUCUCCUCCCAGUCAGCCUGCCUCUAGCUGUACAGCACAUGAGGCGAUCCAAGCUAUAGGCCCGGUCAACCCCCGAGCUUUAAUGUGGUGGACACUGUAAACUGUAUCAUACAUUGACAAGAUCAGUGACUUUAUAUAAUGGAUGUAUUUAUUAUUUGUGUUGUAUUGAUUUUUUAAGUUUUGUACAUAUAUAUUUUUCCCCUAUUCAUUCCCAUUAGAUAUAAGAAUUAGUUAUUUGUUAUCCUUUCUCCAUUUCUCUUAUUUCUUUAUUGAAUUUUUGCACUGAGCAUCAUGGAUAAGACAAGAUAAUGGUACAUGUUUCAGAGUUUAAAUUUCAGUUUAAAUAACUUUAUUUUAAUAAUAUCAUUAUAGUUCAUGAGAAUAAAGUUGGUAUUAUCUGACUUCUUAGGAGCGUGAGAACAUAUUCCCAGGGCUGCUGGGUUGUUUAAAUCUUGCGCAAUACAUAUAUAAGUACUGGUUUUUAAAAAAUAGAGUCCAACCUUGAUUAAUGUAUUUCUCUUUAGAAAAAUAACGUAGAAAGAAUUUGCUUGGUGUUAAUAAUUUGCUACCACCAGAUAAAUUAUGGAGUAGAUGAGUAGAUACACAAGGUUUUCAAUUGUUCUAUGCAACUCAUCAUGAAUUUGAUGUACUAAGAGGAUAUAUAGGUCCCAGGCAUUAUAAAGUAUUAAGUUCAUAUGAAGUUCUGUUACAGCAUGUAAUACGCCAUAUUCUGUAGUUUCCUUUCUUUACGUACCGUAAGUGAAAGUUUAUACAUAUUUUAGAACAGGAAAGUACAAUUUCAUUUAUUUUUAUAAGUAUUAUUUAUGAUAUUUUAAUGUAAUAUUUUAUUUGUGGGUUCAGGACUGAACAAGACGUUUAUAUGGCUUCAUCAAAUGCAGUAGGUUUUAUUUAUGAUCAAUAACAUAGAUAUUGCUGAAGAUACAAAAAUAAAAGAAAAUGUAACACUGCAGGUCCAUGGUAAUAAUGCCUUGAAAGUGUAUGUUCUAAUGUGAAGAAUAUCUAUAUCUGGUUGGUUUGGUAUGUGAUUGCACCAUGUUAGUGUGCUUUUGGAUUGGUAAGGAGGUGUUUUGUGAGAAUGUUUUGCUUUUUAAUUUGUAAAGUAGAGAUACCAUCCUUAAAAUAAAAAAUUAAAAAAUUAUUUUACCAAGACAUUAAGAGAUGCGAUGAAAUUGGCAACAAUAGUCAAAUUUGACUAAUAGCCAUUAUAAUACCAAACGAAGAAGAAGAAGAAGACAAGCUAGGCACAGACAAUUUGAUCCUGUUCAGUCAGCAAGGGGCCAUAAAACCACUUGCCCUGGUGUAUAGAGGCAACCAAAAUGACCAUAUGGGAAACUAAAUUUUGAUAUCAUUCAGCCCAUGUGGGCCAUUUUAUGCCAUGAAAUUAACCCAUUGGCUACAUACUUCUCUCAUUCCCAUAGGCCUAAUACAGUAACCAUCCAAUUAGUCAAAAAUCAGAAAUAUUCACUAAACUUAGCAAAAAUCAAUGACCAACACAAUAUUGAUAAAUCUGCACUGAUCAACUAACAAGCACAGAGUGAGCAAGUUGAUACAAUGUUAAAAUACCUCCUGAUAAAGUUGGGGCCAGUGAAUUUGGAACCCUUUCUAGAAGUUGUAUGAUGUACUUUCCUAAUUAGGCAAGUGUUGACAUUUCUAUUAACCUGAAUGUAUUUCUCAGGAAAGGCUGAUAAGAAUGAAAUCAUUGUCUUCUUGAUCAUCAUCAUUAUCAUCAUCAUCAUCAUCAUCAUCAAAAUUCUCUGACUUCCUAGGAAAAGUUUCUAUGGUAUUUUUUAUAUAGAUUUUUCAGCAUUUGAAAUAGCCUAUGAACCAUGCACACCAUUUAUAUUUUUCUCCUUCUCGCUAAAUAACGGACAUUCAGAUUUUGUAUUCACCUUGGUGCUAUGUUAUACGUAGAGCCCCAAUGGCAUUAUGUACACAUUAACCACUUGUUACAAUGCUUUUAUAUUUAUCAUUUGAUUUCAUUAAGAGGACUUAAUAAAAUGAUUUUAUGAUGAAAAUACUGUAAUUUUGUAUUUAAACACAGAAAUGAAAUUCCAAAUUUGUCAUGGAAUCAAGAAAGACUUAAAUUAACUUUUAUUAUUGAUUAGGAGAGUAUUCAUCAAGAUGUCUUGUUUUCAAGCCAACACCUGAUUUUAUGUAUUCAAUUCUCUUUUAUAUUACUUUCGUUUUGAAAGAAAGUAAUUGUAUAUUUAUAUAGGAACUUGCACAAUCUGUACAUUUAUUUGCACCAUGACCUUGUAUUCUUAUAGUUGUUACGAUGGAUGUCGGGAUGGAUUCUCAUUGAUUGUAUUCAUAUCUUUAAUCAAGCUGGAAUUUAGGAGGUAGUCCUGUUAUAAGUAUUCACAACAAGCUGCACAACAUGUACAUAAAAUGGUUUGUUUUCGUACAAGUUAUCGGUGUGAUGUACAAAUAUAUGUAUGAUUGAUAAGAAUAAUAAUAUUGUAAUGAAACAGUUCGUUACAUGAA